AUGCCAGCCGCCGGCCUCAAGACGAUAAUCGCCCUCUCCUUCGUGCUGGCCGUGGGCUUCCUGCUCGUGAUCCUGUCGUGCGCGCUCUGGCACUCGUACUACCCGCUGCUGGUCGUCGGCACCUACGUGCUGGCGCCCGUGCCCAACUGGAUCUGCAGCCACUGCGCGAACCCGGACGACUUUGUCGAGAGCUCCGGCGCGGCGGUGCUUGAUCUCGGUCGGUUUUGCACGGGGUUCUUGGUGGUGAUGGGUAUUGCGUUGCCCGUCUUGCUCGCGCACUCGAACCUCAUCUCGAUCCCGGCUAUGGUCAUGUCUAUUAUUGGUGGGCUGUUGAUCUACGGGACAAUCAUCAGCUUUACGAUGUUCUUUCAAGAAGAGCAGGAGUUUUAA